GUCGUGGAAUGUAAAUAUGUAAUGGCCGCCUCAUGUUGUUUUUGUAUGCAGUGAUAAUUAUUUUUCAUUGCAUCUCAAGUGUGUCUUGUGAGAAAUCAGCCCUGUAGUGAAUUUUCCAGUGCGUGAAAAAGCGGGGAUUCGCCGUGCCUUGAGUGAUUACAAUUUGAGCGAUUUUGGAUAAGAAAUUUUGAUCAAUGUGCUCGGCAUCAGGAAAACCUGUAAAAAAAUACUUUGACACUUACAUGAUUUACAUCGUGCAGAUUUUGGCUUACAUAAUGAAAACAAAGCAGGUUUUUUGCGAAAACGAGAUCAAAGACUGAAUUAAUCGAGGUUAGGAGUAUGGAACAUUCGUUCCUGGAAGUGUUUAUCCCCUGCUGUGAGUCAUAGGCGACAGUCCAACGUGGACUGGUAAUUAAAUUUUGGUACCUCGAUUGGAAAAACAAGCCCACAUCAUGGUUCAUACACCUAGUGCGUACACUUACAACUUUUGGACAAAGACUCCAACAGAAGUUGUUGAGCUCACGUGUCUUAUGCCAAAUGGAGUCGUCAUCCCACUGGAGACUAAUCGCAAUACAACUCUUACCGAAAUCAAAGAGGACCUUUGGGACGAAGCGAGCAAGUAUCCACUGCACGGAACUUUAAAAGAUGCAUCCUCCUACGUCUUCUCCUGUAUUAAUGCAAACGCAGAAGCAGAGGAGUUGCGUGAUGAAACAAGAAGACUGUGCGAUAUAAAGCCUUUUUGCUCGGUACUGAAAGUAAUUGAGCGUGAGGGAGUGAAAGGAGACAGAAAUCUAGACUCGCAAAUCGGUCUUCUGAUCGGAAAAGGGUUGCAUGAAUUCUCAGCUCUCAAGAAUUCCGAAGUCAACGACUUCAGAUGGAAAAUGAGAGUUCUUGGAGAUGAAAUUGCGCUCAGUAGACAAAAGAAAUCUUGGGCCGAGAAAAUACAGUAUCAAUUCCCAUCAAGGCUAGCAAAUAAACCAAUACUCCCGAAACACAUUGAAUCCAGACUCAAAGAUGGAAAUAUCGUUCUGCUGACAAAGUUUGAAAAUACAGAGACGACCUUCACUUUUCAAGUGUCUCAUUCGACAACUCCGCACCAGUUGCUUGUGCAGAUUGUGAACAAAAGAGCAAACACAAUGAUGUCACGAGGGGAGAGACCUGGCGAUUUUAUAUUGAAAGUCUGUGGACAACAAGAAUUCCUGAUUGGAGAAUAUCCUCUGAUCCAAUUCACCUACAUUCAAGAAUGUUUAUCAAGGGAUAGCGCGCCAGUUCUUUUAGUUCUGAGCGUCGAAAAUGUGCCUACCGAAAAAGAAAAUGCAUUUGAAAACCCCGAAGCAGAUACUCUAAAACGUGCGAGACCUUCCUUCUCGACAUUAACGCUGCGUAAAAAGGGAAAACAUAUUUCGGUCUUGAAAAUAGAAGAUCAGUUUAUGUUCAACGUGAAUGGAAUUUCGAGACUUAAUUGCGAUGCUGCUCAUCGCACUGUCGAGAUUGGUCUACAAGCCGGUCUCUUCCACGGUGGAAAGUCCUUGUGCGAGAGUCAGAAAACCAAAGAAACGAUAGUGAAUUUGGAUGGAAGUUGCGAAUGGGAAGAAACGCUCAAGUUUGACAUCAAAGUCAAGGAUAUACCGCGAAUGGCGAGGCUUUGCUUCGUACUCUACGAGAUCAGCAAGACUGCAAAAGGGCUCAAAAGUCGAAGACUGAUGAAGGACUCGAAACAAGAGUACUUUAUAAAUCCCCUCUGCUGGGCCAACACGACGAUUUACGAUUUCAAAAGUCAGCUCAAAACUGGCGCGAUGACGCUUUACACUUGGACUUAUGCCGAGGACAUGCAGAAUGAUGAUUUGCUUCAUCCCCUUGGAACCGUCGUCUCCAAUCCUCACAUCGAUCGAGCUGCUGCCCUCAUGCUAACCUUUCCAAAUUAUGGAAAGGACAAAUCCGUUCUCUAUCCCUCGCCCGAAAAAAUGGUGGACUUGGCCGCGACGCUUCAAGAAUCGUCUGAAGAGAGGAUUGAGGAAGAACCUAAUGAGGAGGCUGACGAAAAAACGCUUCAGCAAUUGGAUCAGCUGAGAGCGUUAGCGGACAGAGAUCCUUUACACGAGCUUCAUGAACAGGAGAGAAAGACUAUGUGGGUUUUAAGACAUCACUGUUUGCGGAAGAUACCGACUCUUCUAGCCAAACUUCUUCAUUGUGUUGAGUGGAAUGACCACAGAGAAGUUGCAGAAGCCACUGCACUGAUACAGAAAUGGCCAAAACUAUCAGCAGAGAGUGCCCUCGAGUUGUUAGAUUACGCCUACGCAGAUCAAAACGUUCGAAGCUUUGCCGUUGGAUGUUUGGCCGAUGUUGGUGAUGAGGAUCUUCUUCUCUUUUUACUUCAACUCGUGCAGGCCUUGAAACACGAGAAUUAUUUGUCCUGUGAAUUGACCGAGUUCCUUCUCAGAAGGGCACUCAAUAACCAAAAGAUUGGGCACUAUCUCUUCUGGCAUCUACGAUCGGAGAUGCAAGUUGGCGCUGUUUCGGUUCGAUUUGGUUUAAUUCUCGAGGCAUACUGCAGAGGAGCUCAACAGCACAUGAAGGCGCUUUUCAAGCAAAUGGAGUGCCUGGACAAAUUGAAGACGAGUAUGGAUCAGCUCAAAUUGCGAGGGAAGGAUCGCAAGGCCGUUUUGCAGGCUUUUCAAGACUUUAUUCAGGAACCUCACAGCCAGGAGGCUCUCUCCAAUGUCCUCAAUCCAUUGGAUCCAAGCUUCAGAUGGAACCGAAUCAAAAUCGAAAAAUGUAGAGUAAUGGACAGUAAAAGACGUCCUCUUUGGCUUGUGUUUGAGAACAUUGAUCCCUACGGAGACGAUAUUUACAUAAUCUUGAAACAUGGUGACGAUCUGAGACAGGACAUGCUGACCUUACAAAUGCUGCGAAUAAUGGACAAACUUUGGAAGAGAGAGGGUCUGGAUUUACGCAUGAAUCCUUAUGGUUGCAUCUCGACUGAAAAUCGAGUGGGUUUGAUCGAAGUUGUCCUCAAUGCGGAGACAAUCGCUAAUAUACAGAAGGAGAAAGGAAUUUUUUCAGCGACUGCUGCCUUCAAGAGAGGAUCGCUUUUAGCUUGGCUGAAAGACCACAAUCACACCGAAACCGAACUGAAUAAAGCGAUAGAGGAAUUUACCCUGAGUUGUGCAGGUUACUGCGUUGCAACUUAUGUCCUUGGAAUUGCUGAUCGGCACUCGGACAAUAUCAUGGUGAAGAAAUCAGGCCAAUUAUUUCACGUGGACUUUGGUCACAUUCUGGGACACUUUAAAGAAAAAUUCGGAUUCCGAAGAGAACGUGUUCCAUUUGUAUUGACCCAUGACUUCGUUCAUGUCAUCAAUAAAGGGCAAGCGAAGAAGGGACAAGCUGUCGAAUUUCAACGCUUCCAAAAUUAUUGCGAGCAAGCUUUUCUGGUUCUGAGACGACACGGAGGACUGAUUCUUUCUCUAUUCGCGAUGAUGAUCUCCACCGGUCUUCCAGAACUCUCGUCUGAAAAGGAUCUCAAUUAUUUGCGAGAUACUCUUGUACUCGAGAUGUCAGAAAGUGAGGCACAGAAGCAUUUCAGGAGCAAAUUCGAUGAGGCACUUUGCAAUUCGUGGAAGACUUCGCUCAACUGGGCCUCGCACAACAUGGCGAAGAACAACAAAACAACCUAAAUUCUAAAUCGUUCCUCUGCGGUAAGACUGUCUCGUUUUUAAUCGCUAGGCAAAUUUUAGACGAGAACGACACAUUUCUCGAGUAUUUCUCAAUUUUGACUUAUUAUUUUGUACUGAAGCGAAAGCUCGCUGCGUGUUUUUCGCAAGACAAACGAGUGAGUCUCUUCAACUCUUUUGUACUUUUUACCGUCGAUUCGAAAAUGCAUCGAGUCGUGUCUAGCAUUGUGAUAACUUAAAGCAAUAUGUACUGGCUAGAGCGCGAUUUUGCUGCAUCUCUUUCCACGGAUAUACACCUAGAGACUAGAAUAGAUUUCACAGAAAUAUGUUCGGCAUUUUUCUACUGACGUGAAAAAAUUCUAUAUGAGAAUGAGGAAAUCGACAAAGGUCGCUGCGAAAUUCUUUCGCCCUUAUUCGCAAAGCUCAGAUGUAUUCGUUUCUACGGAAAUACGCUUGAAUUCGGUGAUAUGAAAAAUAUAAUGAUGAACUUUUGCUAAAUUGAUGAGAAUGUGUAAAUAUAUUCUCGUCUUUUAAUAAUUCGUAUCAUUCGGAUUCUUGUAAAAAGUAUAACGAAUACAGCAAAAAAUAAAAAAAUAAAAAAAACUUACUGUGAACUUCUUCGACUGAUAGUGAAUGAUGUGAAAAUGAGGGAUAGUAAAUUUAGAAUGUAAAUAAAAAUAGAGUAAAUCGCCGUAUAGAAGAGUCUCUACGAGCACCGAUAUGAUUAGAGUGAAUGAUUAAUAGGAAAUGAACCAAUCACAAAACAGCACACGACAUUUUAUAAAAAAGCGUAGCUUGAAAAUGCGAAGUCGUUAAUUUUGAAAGGAAUUCAGUGAAAUUUGUGAUAAUAAUAAUGAUAAAAUACAAUCGAUAGCGGAAAGGGAUACAAGGAAGGAAGUCUCUGUUUACUUUUUGUCACUUUUUUUUAUUUUUAUUUUGGUUCAGUUCUCUUCUUUGCCCAGAUAAUCGACUUGCUGGGCUUUAAAAACUAGGCAAAGUAUUAAGAUUUACAUUCUAUGAAAAGUAUUUUUUUAAAGAUUAAAGAUAGCGCGACUUGUUGGGAAAGCAAUGAGGUCGUGGACAGACUUUUCUUUACACUUUCCGCAAGUGUGUAAUGGUAUAAUUAUAUUUUCUCUUUUUCAAAGUCUGAGCGAUUUUGAUGAUGGGAGAAAUUGAGUAGCACAAUUUUGGACAAGCGUAUACUGAAAUGGAAACGCGAGGCGGGCUUUGAAAAGUUUGAAAAAUUCGAAAAUUUAUUUGAUCUCGUUAUUUUUAUAUUUUAUGAAGUUCUUUUUCUUUUAAUUUUUAGUUUUCGCAAAAUAGAGGAUUUCAGAUUUAAAUAUUAGAAUUCGAAGUCUUUAAAUUUGGAUGCGUUACAAAUAAAAGGCUUCCAUAUUCAAUAGCAUCGAAACAAAAAUAUAAAAUUAAAAGCAAAUUAAACGACUUCAAAAUAUAGAUUCGUGCAAUAAGUAGCUUAUUGUUUUAAAAAAUCUUAUUAACAUUUAAGCACUUCAAUUGAAAUUUUCUUCGGGGUGGUCGAAUUUUAAAAUGCAGUUUUAUAGACUUGAAACAAUUAGAAA